AUGUUUCAAUUCAAGAGGUUUCUUGCCACUGCUAGCAAGGGAUUCACAAAUAACAAAUCGCAAUUAGAUAGAGCAACACUCACGAUAAAAAAUGGCCCAGUAUUUAGUGGAUACUCAUUUGGUGCAAAUAGAAAUGUGAGUGGUGAGGCUGUCUUCACCACGUCGUUGGUUGGUUACCCGGAAAGUAUGACUGAUCCUUCCUACAAGGGACAGAUUUUGUGUUUCACUCAGCCAUUAAUUGGUAAUUAUGGUGUACCUUCUUCCACCACAAAAGACGAAUUCAAUUUAUUGAAAUACAUGGAGAGCCCAAGAAUUCAGUGUAUUGGUAUUGUUGUUGGUGAUGUUGCUUUGGAGUAUAGUCACUGGACCGCAGUAGAGAGUUUACAACAAUGGUGUAAGAGGAAUGGGGUUGCAGCUAUAACUGGUGUUGAUACAAGACAAUUGGUUUCGUACUUGAGGGAUAAAGGGUCCAGUUUGGGUAAAAUCACCAUUGGUGAGGAAUACGAUGCAGAUGAAGAUGCUGCUUUUGAAGACCCGGGCGCUAUAAAUUUGGUGCAAAAAGUCUCGACCAAGCAGCCAUUCCAUGUAGAGUGUCCAAAAGAACAUUCAAAAAACUUGCAUGUGGCUGUGUUGGAUUGUGGUGCAAAAGAAAACAUUUUGCGUUGCUUGGUUGAAAGGGGAGCGUCGUUGACGGUAUUUCCAUACGAUUACCCCAUCGACAAAAUUGCUAAUAAAUUUGAUGGUAUUUUCAUCUCAAAUGGUCCAGGUGAUCCAACCCACUGUUCUACUACUGUUGACAAUUUAAAGAAGAUCAUGGAAACACACCCGGAAUUGCCCAUUUUUGGAAUUUGCUUAGGUCAUCAAUUACUUGCCUUGGCCAGUGGUGCUAAGACUAUCAAAUUGAAGUAUGGUAACAGAGCCCACAAUAUACCCACUUUGGACCUCAUCUCAGGCAAGUGCCACAUCACAUCACAAAAUCAUGGAUAUGCGGUAGACACUUCGACCUUGACCGAUGGCUGGAAAGAGAUGUUUAUCAAUUUGAAUGACAACUCCAACGAAGGUUUGAUUCACACUGAAAAGCCAAUCUUUUCUACUCAGUUUCAUCCGGAAGCCAAAGGAGGUCCCCAGGACACUGCUUAUCUUUUUGACAAAUUUUUUGAAAAUAUGGUAAAGCAUAAAAAGAGUUUACCCAGUGUCGAGGGAAGCUUGUUGGUGGACAUUUUGCCAAAGGAGAGAGUAGAGCAACUUACGAUAUAA